AUGGGGGAGGCAGCGGCGGCGGCGGGAGGCAGCGCGGUCCCUCCGCUACCGCCGUCGGAGGCGGUCGGGGGGCAAGUGAACGCCCUGACCGUCCUGGCCUUGCUGGAGAAACUGGUAUCGAUGUUGGAAGCGGUGGAAGGGCAGCAGCGGCAGAUGGAGCAGAGGCAGCGGGGUUUGGAAGGGGCGGUGCGGGGUAUUCAGGGAGACCUGGGGAAGUUGUGCCGCAGCCACGGGGCGACGGGGGAAGCGGUGGAGAAGCUGCUGGAAAAGUCGCGGAAGGUGUGCGCCCACACCCGCGCCGUGCGGGAGCGGCUGGAGAGGCAGUGCGACCAGGUGCGACGCCUGGAGCAGCAUCACGCACAGCUGCUCCGGCGGGACCGCUUCAAGGUGCUCAUCUUCCAGGAGGAAAAUGAGAUCCCUGCCAGUGUUUUUGCAAAAGAGCCCAUUCCCAGCCUUACAGAAGGAAAAGAGGAGCCUGUGGAUGAGAACAAAACACUGGAGGAAACCUUGCACACAGUAGAGUUAUGUUCAGAUGAUGAAAUGUUUCACGAGGAAGACGAUGUGGAUGACAGUGCAGAGGAGAAAACAGAAGAAUCAAGAGCUGAGAAAAUUAAAAGAUCCAGCCUCAAGAAGGUAGACAGCCUCAAGAAAGCAUUUUCACGCCAAAACAUCGAGAAGAAGAUGAACAAGAUCAGCACAAAGAUUGUCUCGCCUGAACGGAGAGAAAAGAUCAAGAAAUCGCUUACUGUACAUCAUCAGAAAUCCUCUUCUUCAAAGAGUUCGGCUUUAAAAGUAUCUCCCCUCACGUUCAACGUGAAGAAAGUCCGUGAAGGAGAAAGCCCUGCUGAAGCUGAGGACAGACCAACAGAAACUACAAGCAAUGACCAAGCUGAGAAUGAGGAUGAAAUGUCAUUUGCCGACAUGCACUCAGAUAUGACACCUACCACCUCGCUGACCGAGGAGGGCAAAGCAGUAGCUGAUUCUCUAGAGAAGGAAGCCAGAAUGGAAGGGAACACCAUGAUGAACAACAACAUCGAGCUGUCCAUUGUUGAAGAUGAUGAAGAGUAUGGGAUGCCUCUAGAAGUUUCUAGCCAGAAACUGUAUGAUGAAAGAAACAACCCAGUCGGCGGGGAAAUGGAACAAUCUGACGAAGAAACAACCCAAGCAGCUGUCCUCCGGGUAGACCAAACAGCGUAAUCAACCCAAGCCUUCCUUCGCCUUCCAGAUACGCACGGUUUUACUUAGGCGAGUAAUUGGUUUCUGCUACACAGGCGGUAGUAGUGAUUCAGUUUCUUCCAUCCUUUUCUCUGCAGUGGUAAUUUAUUGCAUCGUGUUGGAAUGCAAAGUGAACAAGGUCAAUGACACAGGCUGCAACGUGUUCCGUUUUAGGCCAAGUCACUGGUGUUUAUUAAUUUAGAGAUGCUGUCAGCUGGCGUAAGAGGCUAGCAGGAAAAGAGUAUGUCUAGUAGAAGCAAGCUGGUCAGCUGGCUUUCUUAUAGUUAGGUCGGAGGAAUGCGUGGAGAGUAGUCAAAACCCAAACAUUUCUGUUCUGUUUUCUUCUCCCUCAGUAUUUCACAGCACUGUGAGUAGUUUUGUAUGUAAAUGUAGAAAUACCAAUGAGAACAUUUGAUUUCAGUUUCCUUGCUAUGCUCCAUGAAUACUAACAGCCUCAGUAACUGUGCAUACACGUAUAGUUUGUUUGGGGCUUUGCUCCACGACGCUGUAAGACUGAAAGAGCAGAGUACUUAGAGGGCGAAGCUGAAAAGUUGGUUCCAUCCAUUUCAGUGGAGGAAAGAUUUUUGCCAGUAGUCUCUCACUAUUCACUUUAGAAGAAAUUACUGUGUUUAGGUGGAAACGAAAAGAUGUUUUUCAAUCUACCAGAGUUAUGGAAGUACAUUAGUGACAAGCAUGAAUGUGUGAUCAGUUACUGUACCUUUAAGGGAUCAGAAAUUGAAAAGAAAAAAAACCAGAAGGAAUUUGAUAGAAACAUGGAGAUAGUCUGAAGAAAGUAUGAAAUGCUAUGAAAUGUAAAAAAAGCAAAAAUAAAACCCCGCAAUAUUAAAUCUAUACUCCCAGCUUAAAGAAUAUGUACUCAGAUAACACUAAUUAAUUCUUAGUCUUUAUAGCAAUAUACUAUUUAACUUUGCACCUGCACAACUUUGUAUCUCAGAGUAUUUUGAAAAUAGCAUAAUUUAUCUUUUUACAAAUAAUUUCAUAUAUAGAGCUAUAUCUACACAGAAGAGUUAGAUAAGUACAGGGAUGUAAGGACAAUUUUUUCAAAAAGGUGAAAUACUCUUUUAGGCAUGUCUAAAGGGAACAAUGUGUUAUGGAUUGAACUUCAUGGCAGGGAUGAGUUUACGUAAGGAUGAGUCUGCAAAGCCACAGGAUUUGAUUCUCUGCUAAUAACUUUCAUCAAAGCCACCUAUCUGCUCUCAAAAUUACAAGUCUGUGAUUUUUCAAAAUUAAUGGAAAAUGAGAGGUUACAGGGUAGUUUGUUCACUAUGAAUGUUCAUUCCUGUCACUUAAUAAAGGUAAGGGGGAAGGGAGGAAAGGGAAGCACAAUACCCACAACACUUACCUUACAUCCUUGUUUGUUUAUGCAGUGGGUUAUUUUUAUUUUUUUAUAUAUAUAUAAAAUUCUACUGAUACUUAACAUUGCACUAAAAGGUUGCUUCCUUCAACUUGUAUUUAGAAUCACAAAUUACAGGGAAAAUAAAAACUACAGCAAAAAUACCAUUAUGAAAUGAUUAACAGGUAUUACUCCACAGGGGUAAUAUCUGUAACCAGUAAAUCACACUGGAAGUUAGUCGAUAAGAGCUUAGUGUAGGCGAGUACUAUUAAGAGUUAAGCUCUUAGGUGUAUGGUAUCAUAUAGGAGAUACUGUUUGUAAGAAAAAUCAUGGCAUAACUCGUGCAGCUAUGUUUUUAUUUUGUAUUAACUACAAUGGAUUUCAAUCAUUUUUACUUGUAACUAACUACAAAUAUGACAAAUAAAAGCAUAACAUAAAACACA